CAAACAUGAGCGAUUUCAGUAUUGAAUAUAUUUUAAAUAGAGCCGGUGAUAAAUAUGCCGGUACCAAUGGUUCACUGGGUGUUAUGCGACGUGAGCGGAACACCUCACACUAUCAUCCCUACAUGAUCAAUUUGCAAGAUCAAAUGCAGCAACAGCAGCCGCAACAACAACAGCAACAUUUUUUGGACCAAAUACCCGUCUUGGAUUGGCUCCAGUACACCCGUUAUCACCCACCAAAGUUGCAAAGAUCUCUACGCCAGGGCCCAGCCAAACGCACACCCGGUCGCCUGCCACGCAUACCCUUUACACCCGCUCAAUUACAAGCUUUGGAAAGUGCCUAUAAAGCUUCGAAUUAUUUGAGCGCCGAAGAUGCCAAUAAACUUGCCGAUUCAUUGGAUCUAACCAAUACUCGUGUCAAGAUAUGGUUUCAAAAUCGUCGUGCUCGUGAGAGACGUGAUCGACGCGAAAAAGAAGAAUCUUCAUAUGACUCUACGCUAUCUUCGAAUGCCUCCAGUCCCGAGCCGGAAGAUGUUAUCGAUAUUGUUUAA